CUUCGCCGGACGGCAAGAGAUAAUUUUAUCACUUUCUCUCUUCCUCUUCACAUCUUCAGUCUUCAGUCUUCAGUCGUCACUUCUUUAUUCUCUCGUUUGCUCUCUCUUUCUCCCUCUCUGGUGUUCGUCAAUGGCGGUGUUUCCUAUCGGCUCUCACUUCGCGCCGCCGCAUCAGAUGACGAAGAGACACGCCCUCUCGACUUCAUCUCCUAUCUCUCUCUCGACCCGAUUGCCACAAAAUGUCUCCUUCUCGAAAAUAUCAGGCUCGGGGCUUUCCAGACAUAGCGUUCUCGCUAAAGCCGAGGAUAAGAUAAAGAGCUCUUCUCCUUCUUCUCUCGAUGAACCAAUCGAUGACGAUGAGGUUCGAGUUCCCACGAUGCUCUCUUUUACAAAAAUUCAAUUUUGCCAAGAUUUGAUGGACUCAUCAGGAACAUGUGAUCCUAUAUGCUCGGUUGAUGAACCUAGUUCAAGUUACUUUGAGGCUAAUUACCAACCAAAGACAGAUAUAAUCAAAGCCCUUGCUGUUCUUGCAGCAGCUCUUACAGGAACAGCUGCCAUUAAUCAUUCCUGGGUUGCUGCUAAUCAGGAUAUUGCUAUGGCAUUGUUGUUCGUAAUAGGAUACGCUGGAAUCAUCUUCGAAGAGUCUUUAGCUUUUAAUAAAAGUGGAAUAGGACUGUUGAUGGCUGUGAGUUUGUGGGUUGUGCGGAGCAUUGGGGCUCCUUCAACUGAGAUAGCUGUUUUAGAUCUUCAACAUGCAACAGCUGAAGUUAGUGAAAUUGUAUUUUUCUUGCUUGGCGCAAUGACCAUUGUGGAGAUAGUUGAUGCUCACCAAGGUUUUAAGUUGGUUACAGACAAUAUCACCACUCGGAAGCCAAAGACACUUUUAUGGGUGGUCGGCUUCGUGACAUUUUUCCUCAGUUCGAUUCUAGACAAUUUGACCUCUACCAUUGUCAUGGUUUCUUUAUUGAGGAAACUGGUUCCUCAAUCAGAAUACCGCAAACUUCUAGGAGCUGUUGUGGUAAUAGCAGCAAAUGCAGGAGGAGCAUGGACUCCAAUUGGUGAUGUUACUACAACUAUGUUAUGGAUUCAUGGUCAGAUAUCCACCUUACCGACUAUGCUGGACCUUUUUAUACCUUCUGCCGUGUCUCUUGCUGUUCCACUAGCCCUCUUGUCCUUAACCAGUGAGGUAAAUGGAAAGGAACAGGAUUCUAAAGAUGUAAUGGCUUCUGAAAAGAUGGCUCCAAGAGGAAAGCUAGUUUUUGGAGUUGGCCUUGGAGCGUUGGUAUUUGUUCCAGUCUUUAAAGCUCUUACUGGAUUGCCUCCUUACAUGGGUAUCUUGUUGGGUCUUGGAGUUCUUUGGAUUUUGACGGAUGCCAUUCAUUACGGUGAAUCAGAAAGACAAAAGCUCAAAGUACCUCAGGCCUUAUCUCGAAUUGACACACAAGGCGCUCUGUUUUUCCUGGGGAUUCUUUUAUCUGUUAGCAGCCUUGAGGCAGCUGGGAUCCUCCGAGAGAUUGCAAACUACCUUGAUGCUAAUAUACCCAAUGUUGAGCUAAUCGCAAGUGCUAUUGGUGUUGUAUCAGCAAUCAUAGACAAUGUUCCAUUGGUUGCAGCGACAAUGGGGAUGUAUGAUCUCACAUCAUUCCCUCAAGAUUCUGAAUUUUGGCAGCUCAUUGCAUUCUGCGCCGGCACUGGUGGUUCCAUGCUUGUCAUCGGUUCUGCUGCUGGUGUAGCCUUCAUGGGGAUGGAGAAAGUUGAUUUCUUUUGGUACUUCCGAAAGGUUAGUGGUUUUGCUUUUGCUGGUUAUGCUGCUGGUAUUGCGGCUUACCUUGCAGUUCAUAAUCUUCAUUUGUCGAUCCCAACAACGGUGGCUCAGAUCCCAUUUCUCCCUGGUUCAUAAGCUGCAUCAAUCUCUGUGUUACUUCUCUUGAGAAAACAAGAACAAAGGCAAAAUCUCUGGCUGGCUGCAAUAGUAACAUAUCAUUUUGUCGACAUGCUCUUUGGAAAAUAAUCAACUGUGUAACUUGUUUCAUAUACACUCGAUUGUAUAAUCAUUAUACAGAAUGAAUCAUCCAAUUUGAUUAUUACCCUUUUUGGGGUUUUAUGUGCAUC